AUGGGCGGCGCUUCCCCCUCACUCCCCUCUUUCAUGGCGGGGCCCCUGGAGCGCGCAAAGAGAAAACCAGCUAAUCCCAGAGAAAACAAACAAAACCACAAUAAUAAUAAAAAACGUGAUGCUAAAAAAUCUGAAAAUCAACCAACAUCAAGUUUGAAGAACCCCUUAAAAACAAAAGUUCACAGUUAUUUUAAAAACACAGUCUACUAG